AUGCUCUUCUGGCACGGCCAACCCGACCACUGCUGGUCCAGCCCUGGGGACAUGUACCCCCUGCCCAGUUCGGGGGUGCUCAGGGACACCCCGGUCCUGCCCUACCUGAAGCAGGAGGAGCCCAACGGCAUCUCCACAUCGCUGCCGCCCUUCCAGUACAUCCUGUGUGCCCCGACCUCCCCGGCUGUGCGGCACCACGAGGAGACCCUCACCUACCUCAACCAGGGGCAAUCGUACGAGAUCCGCAUGAUGGGGACGCCCCGGGGGGACCCUGCCGAGGGCCGCAGGAUGGUCAAGAGCGUGCUCCGCGUGGUUUUCCACGACCGCCGCCUCCAGUACUCGGAGCAGCAGCAGCUCGAGGGCUGGCGCUGGAGCCGCCCGGGCGACCGGAUCCUCGACAUCGACAUCCCCCUCUCCGUCGGGAUCCUGGAACCCCAAAUCCACCCCACGCUGCUCAACACGGUGGAAUUCCUCUGGGACCCCUCCCGACGCACAUCCGUGUUCGUGCAGGUUCACUGCAUCAGUACCGAGUUCACGCUGAGGAAGAACGGGGGGGAGAAGGGGGUCCCCUUCCGCAUCCAGAUCGACACCUUCGGGGCGGGGGGCAAGGGGGACCCCCCCGAGCACCUGCACUCCGCCAGCUGCCUGGUCAAGGUGUUCAAGCCCAAGGGGGCCGAUAGGAAGCAGAAGACGGACCGGGAGAAGGUGGAGAAGCAGCCUGCGGCGGAGAGGGAGAAAUUCCAGCCGGCCUACGAGAGCACCGUGCUGGCCGAGUGCCCCCCGUGGCCGGACGUGCUGGGUGCCCCCCACACCCCCCCGGGCAACCCGGGGCUGCCGUCCCCGCACCCCUUCAAGCUGCUGAGCCCCGAGAGGGUGUGCUUGUCACCCGCCUGCGCUGCCGAGAGCCCCGCGGAGAGUCCUGGCGAGGCGCUGAGCCCCUGCGCAUCCCCCCUGGAGACGCAGCAGUGGCUGCUCCGGCGCCGCUUCUCCUCCUGUGCCCGCGUCUUCGCCAACUUCAGCGGUGCGGAUCUGCUGAAGCUCUCCCGCAGGGACCUGAUCCAGAUCUGCGGAGCCCCCGACGGCAUCCGCCUCUGCCACGCCCUGGCGGGCAGGUGCCCGCGGCCCCGGCUGACCCUGUACGUGGCGCGGGAGCCCGGCGGGGCCGAGAGUGUGGAGGAUGCGGGAGCAGGGCUGUACCAGGAGCUGCACCUGGAGCAGCUGACGGUGGCCGAGCUCACCUCGAAGCUGGCGGAGCUGCUGGCGCUGCCCCCGGGGCAGAUCCUGCGGCUCUCCCGGCAGGGACCCGCCGGCAUCCACGUCCUCGUCAGCGACGCGAUGAUCAGGAACCUCCAGGACGAGACGAGUUUCGUGGUGGCGAUCGGCAAAGCCCCCGGCCCCGACGGCUUCCAGCUGCUGCUGCGGUAGGAGCGACCCUGGGAAGGGACAUCGCUGGGGACAGAGAGAGGAGCCCGGGGCUGGCACAGUCCCCAGAGCCCGCCCGAGGGGAUGGGACCCGUCCUGUCCCCCGCGUGUCCUCCUCCGUGUCCCCGCUUUGGA